UCGUGCUUUGGAAUUCGCGCGCGCCGCUCGGUGCCACGAUCGCGUAGCCUGGCCGGAAAAGUUCGUGUUCGCUUCGAAGUUUAAAAAAUAAAACGUUCGAAAAAGUUUUGAAUUUAAAAAUCUUUUGUUCUUUUUAUUAUAAAGUGGUUUAAAAAAAGUGUGGAGGAUCUAAUUAAUUUUGGACACUCGAAGAUGUGACGGUCGACCGCCAUAACAAUUUCAACACGAGUUGACUUCAAAUGACUUCAAACUGAUACAAAAAACCCAUCAACAUGGACGUGGUAUCGACACUUGCUCCUUUAUUCACUGACGACGAUAUCAACAUAACAACACCUAGUAACACCACGGUACCACACAGACAUGAUGCUAGAAUGUUCAUGACGACGGUGAUAAAGGUGGUGUAUGCAAUCGGUAUAUUCGGGAAUGCGACAGCUAUCAUUGCUCUAAGAUGGGGCGAAAGAAGAGUGAGGAAUAGAAAACAUCUGCUGCUUCUGACUUCGCUCGCUGCUAAUGACUUGGUGGCUUUGAUGGGCAUGAUGUGCGCGAUGGUGGUAGCAGAGCACGUGCCCGGCGCUGGCAACACGCAGGUGUACUGCGCGGCGAGAGUGGUGCUGCGAGUGUUCGGCAUCGGCAGCGUCUGCAUCGCGGUCACGAUGGCGCUGGAGCGGUACCUGGCGCUCACCAGGCCCUUCCUCUACCAGAAGCAAGUAACGUACUUCGUGAUCCGCAUGGCGCUCCUGGUCUCCUGGUUCUGGGCGGCCGUGCUGACGUGUGCCCCGGUCUUCGGCCUCGGCCUCUACUACGACGAGAACACCCACACCUGCAUCCGCUACAGAGAAGCUGUGAACCCCGUGGACUUCACUUACGCAGCGUUCUAUGUUGCCUUUGGUACCCUACUCUGCUUAAUCCUGGUCUACUGCAACCUGGCAGUGAUCCAGGCUCUGUACUCCAUCACAGCGCCGCGAGCUGGUGGCCAGCCCGUGGUCCGAAGAGUAUCCAGGAGUAGCUGUCGACAGAGGAGCCUCAACGCAAGCACUGGGAGCAAACCCAGCCUGCACCACAACGCGGCGACGGCUGAAGAAGUGGCUUUCAGCAGACUGAUGGCUACUCUGUCUGUUCUGUUCAUGAUCUGCUGGCUUCCACAGAUGGUGACCUCAGCGCUGUACCUAGCGCUGGGCCCAGCAUCCUGGAAGAAGCUGACGACCCUGGCCAAGCUGUCCGACAUGCUGAUGCUGCUGAACUACGUUCUCAACCCGAUCCUGUACGUGUUGAUGCGUCAGCGCCGCACGAUAUACCAUACGCUCGCGCACUGCUUCAAAGGGAGCCACAAAACGUCCACCGAGUCGAUGACGUUGAAGAACUCGUGUUGCCCCCAGGAAACGCUCGUUGUUAGCGACAGUUCUGGGGCGGAGAUGAAGCCUCUCCGCACGCUUCCGUACCAGAACGCGCCGCUCGUCAAAAUUGACGACUGACGAAGAUGUGAAAGAAGAUAACUGUACUUAAUAAUUAAGUUACGAUACCACCGUCCUUUAGAAUCGUCUAUCACUUGACGACUUGAAAUAAAGAACGUACUGUGCAGUAGGUUGUACCUAGUUUUCACACUUGUAAUAGGUAUGUACUAUCGACCACGGUUCCAGCUACCCAUUUGAUGAGAGCGAGAGAAAAAACGGAAAUGGCGUAGCUGGAACUGUGGGCCACUGUACGUGCGUUUUCCAACGAAAAUGUGUAAAGGAUAACUGGGGGCCGAUUCUCGUGCAAUAAAUAUUAUUUAUUUGAAGUGGAAAAACCUUCAGACUUCAAAGAGAAAAAUAAUGUAUAGUUCCAAAAUACUGAACUGUCCUAUCGAUGACAUUGACAGCGGGGCGCCACCGUCAAUACCGAAUCGCUGGUUCCGAUUUUUGCCAUGUUGGAAACCAUAAAGUUGAACGAUGGUAGCGCCCCCCUGUCAUUGAGUUUGGCGGGACAGUUCAGCGUGGGUCAUCUAUAACCUAUUGUGGCGAUAUCUAAUUUGAAAGACGUGUGCGACAAGCAACCAUCGAGUUUCACAUUUGACCUUCGCCAAGUAGGUUCAUCAUCAAGUUGUGUGUUGGAAUCAAACUUAGAAUGUCUCAGGAGUUGACUCUAUGAUUGUUUUAACCACUAAGCAUAGAAGUGUUUGGAAGUUUGCAUCUUUCACCAAUACUUAAUGCAGUCUUAUGGAGCAUUAGCAUGGCCGAAUUUGUAAAAUAACCUACAUUUUAUAAGUUGGACAUCUAGUCCAGUCACGGUUCUACCUUAUAAUAAUGUGUAAAGUUACCAUUUAGUGAAUCUCGAGAUAUAUAAGUAUAGUUAAGAAGUAGUUAGGUAAAAUUACGUUUAGGUAAAAUGUAUAUUUUGUAAUAAACGAGCUCUCUAUCACUUAAUAUUUUGUAUUUUAUGAAGCAUUUAUUUUUGUAAACCAAAUAGAAAUCGGUAAAGUACAGUAGGUACCUACCUCUAGCGUGAACAACUUUCGUCUUCGAAUCGUUUGCGUACUCCAUAAAAUUCGAUACUCAAUCUUCGAAGUAAACGAUAACGUGACAAUUUUAUUUUGAUUCUCAAAAUAAGUUUUGUGCAACCACAUCUCAUACUAAGUUCACUUUACGACACGUUCACAAGGGCGCUGUUGUAGUUUUCUUACUAAAUCUUUUGAUGGCGAUUCGAGUACGCAAACGAUUUGAACUCGAAAGUUUAUCGUGCUAGCCGUACAGAACAGCUUUAAAAUUAAAUAAAACAACAAUAAUUAAUUAGAUGAGCUAGGAUGAAAAGAAGGAAAAUGAUAAAUACAUAAUUACGAUAGAUAGGUAAUUAAUAAUUAAACCCAAUAUGGAUAGUAUUUCCCAUUAUGAACAAUACAAGACUCUAGUCCGUAGCAUUAUCACAAACAUUUAAAAAAAAUUGUGAGUAAUUAAAUCAUCACAGUAUUUUAUAUUAUGUACCAAGUUAUGUUAAAAAGUCUGU